CAAGUGCUGAAAACCAAGAAAGCAGCUGUCCUAAAGAACAAAACAAAACUCUAGUUGACUCUUAACUCAAAAGUCCUUCAGUUCUCAAUAUCACACCUAUCCUCAUGACAUCAUCCCCACCAUGCAAAUCCUCCAUAAAUACCACACACAACUCAAUCACAUUACAUUAUCCACAAACAGUAACAGUAACAGUAACAAAUCCUCACACAAACACAAUCAUGUUACUACAAUUACUAUUCUUAUUCCUGUUCUUUCCAUUUUCAACAACAUCAUUAAACAUAUGGCCAAAACCAAGAAACCUCACGUGGACCCCACCACAUCAAACCACCCUCCUCUCAUCAACAUUCACCAUCACUACCACCACUCUCCACCACAACAACCACCUCACCGCCGCCAUAUCUCGCUACACAAACCUCAUCAAAACAGAACACAACCAUCCCUUAAUCCCACCAAAAACAAACCUCUCAAACAAUCUACCACCUCUUCAAACCCUAACAAUAACCAUAACAAACCCAAACACAGAACUAAACCACGCCACCGACGAAUCCUACACGUUAAUAAUCACAACUCCCACCGCCACCUUAACCGCUGUAACUUCAUGGGGAGCCAUGCAUGGUUUAGAAACAUUCUCACAGCUUGCAUGGGGAAACCCAACGCGCGUGGCUGUGAACGUGCGUGUUAACGACGCGCCGUUGUUCGGUCAUCGCGGUAUUAUGUUAGAUACUUCAAGAAACUACUAUCCAGUGAAGGAUUUGUUAAGAACUAUUGAAGCUAUGAGUAUGAAUAAGUUGAAUGUGUUUCAUUGGCAUGUAACUGAUUCUCAUUCUUUUCCUUUGAUUCUUCCUUCUGAACCAAUGUUGGCUGAGAAAGGUGCUUAUGAUGUUGAUAUGGUUUAUACUGUUGAUGAUGUUAAAAGGGUUGUUGAAUUUGGGCUUGAUCGUGGUGUUCGUGUUAUCCCUGAGAUCGAUGCUCCUGGGCAUACAGGAUCAUGGGCCUUAGCCUACCCUGACAUUGUAGCAUGUGCCAACAUGUUCUGGUGGCCAGCUGGAAGUGAUUGGCCCGAUCGUCUUGCGGCAGAACCGGGAACAGGUCAUUUAAAUCCCUUAAACCCCAAGACCUACCAAGUCCUGAAGAAUGUCAUACGCGAUGUAACCACAUUGUUCCCGGAACAAUUUUACCAUUCUGGUGCUGAUGAAGUCGUACCAGGGUGCUGGAAAACCGAUCCAACAAUUCAGAAAUUUCUAUCAAAUAAUGGAACUCUCAGCCAAGUCCUUGAGACGUUUAUCAACAACACUCUCCCUUUCAUUUUAUCCCUCAACCGUACUGUUGUCUAUUGGGAAGAUGUUCUAUUAGACGAUACAGUCCAUGUUCCAUCGACGAUUCUCCCUAAAGAACAUGUGAUUUUGCAGACAUGGAACAAUGGACAUAACAACACUAAGAGGAUAGUAUCUUCUGGAUACCGCGCAAUCGUGUCAUCAUCCGACUUCUAUUAUCUUGACUGUGGACACGGCGACUUCACUGGAAAUAACAGUAUUUACGACAACCAAACAGGAAGUGACAAAAAUGAUGGCGGCUCUUGGUGUGGACCUUUUAAAACAUGGCAAAAUAUAUACAAUUAUGAUAUAACUUAUGGACUGACCGAAGAAGAAGCGAAAUUGGUUUUAGGUGGGGAGGUAGCGUUGUGGUCAGAACAAGCCGAUGAAACUGUUUUGGAUUCGCGGCUUUGGCCUAGAACUUCUGCAAUGGCUGAGUCGUUGUGGUCAGGCAAUAGGGAUGAGAAGGGUCUGAAGCGAUACGCAGAGGCAACAGAUAGAUUGAAUGAAUGGCGAAGCAGAAUGGUGAGUAGAGGUAUAGGAGCUGAGCCUAUUCAGCCACUUUGGUGUGUUAGGAACCCUGGUAUGUGCAACACAGUACAUGCAAUCUAGUGUGUUUCGAGAGCGUCAGAUUCAUGCUGCCACCAGACAUCAAUCUCAAGGCUACAACUACUAGCUUCUCUCGGACCAUUUGUCCAGAUAUUUGCACCGCGUUUCCAAACAUAUUUGUAGUUAGUUGAGUUGGAACUUGCAUUCUUCUUUUGUUACCAGAAUCCUCCUCUAUAAAAGGGGAAAAAGAGCUAUUUAUAUACUUCAUUUUCUUUUACUUUUAAUCAGGUCUAUAGUGUCCAACUGUUGUGCGAGCCUACUGAAAGAAAAUUUAUUGUUUGAUUAGAAGAGACUGUAGUUAUCGUACAAUGUUACAAGGAUUUGAACAUUUAAGUUAACAAAUCAUAAUAUUUGAUGGUGUUUGUGACCUCGAAAAUUUCUUGACUUCAA